CUCUUUGGGCACGGCCGAGUGAUUCAACCCGGAGUUGCGGUUUUGUCUCGUUUCUGAUAUUGAAUUAAAAAAAUGCAACCACAAAUAAUUUUGCUGAAAGAGGGGACUGACUCAAGUCAGGGAAAGCCCCAGCUGAUAUCAAAUAUCACGGCCUGUCAAAUGGUGGGUGAAUCUGUGAAGACUACUUUAGGUCCUCGUGGUAUGGAUAAACUAAUUGUCGAUCAAAAUGGGAAGAGUACGAUUUCCAACGAUGGAGCAACUAUUCUCAAACUCCUAGAUAUCAUUCAUCCAGCUGCCAAGACUCUUGUGGACAUCGCCAAGUCUCAGGAUGCAGAGGUCGGUGAUGGAACAACGAGUGUCGUCCUCAUCGCCACGGAGUUCCUGAAGCAAAUGAAACCAUUCGUAGCAGAAGGAGUCCACCCCCGUAUAAUCAUCAAAGCCUUCCGUCAAGCAAUGAAAAUAGCUCACGAAAAAAUUCAGCAAUUGAGCGUAAAAAUCGGUGACACUACAUUAGAAGAGAAACGAAGUCUCCUGGAAAAGUGUGCAGCAACAGCGAUGAACUCUAAACUGAUCCACCAACAGAAGGAUUUCUUCGGCAAAAUGGUGGUUGACGCUGUUCUUCAACUGGACGAGCUCCUCCCCUUGAACAUGAUUGGUAUCAAAAAGGUAUCUGGUGGAGCACUUGAGGACUCCCUUCUAGUUGCUGGUGUUGCAUUCAAGAAGACCUUCUCAUACGCUGGCUUCGAGAUGCAACCGAAGAAGUACUCCCCCUGCAAAAUUGCCCUGCUGAAUAUUGAAUUGGAGCUGAAAGCCGAACGAGAUAACGCAGAAGUCAGAGUUGAUAAUGUUGCUGAGUACCAAAAGGUCGUGGAUGCGGAGUGGCAGAUUCUCUAUCAAAAGCUAGAGAAGAUUCACAAGAUUGGAGCCAAUGUUGUUCUAUCAAAACUGCCUAUUGGAGACGUUGCAACACAGUACUUUGCUGACAGAGACAUGUUCUGUGCUGGUAGAGUACCUGAAGAAGAUUUGAAGAGAACCAUGAAAGCUUGUGGAGGAGCUGUAAUCACUACAGUCAAUGACAUCACCGACUCGGUCUUGGGAAAGUGUGAGUCCUUCGAGGAGAAACAAAUUGGAGGGGAAAGGUUCAAUUUCUUCGCUGGAUGUCCCAAUGCCAAGACCUGCACUUUCGUACUUCGUGGAGGUGCUGAACAAUUUUUGGAGGAAACUGAAAGGUCUCUGCAUGACGCCAUCAUGAUCGUCAGAAGGAUGAUUAAAAAUGACGCGGUUGUUGCUGGUGGUGGAGCUAUUGAAAUGGAACUCUCGAAAACUCUCAGAGAUCAUUCUAGAACAAUUGCUGGAAAGGAGCAGUUGAUCAUUGGAGCUAUCGCGAGGGCUCUUGAGAUUAUUCCAAGACAACUUUGCGAUAACGCUGGCUUCGAUGCUACCAACAUCCUGAAUAAACUGAGACAGAAACAUCACCAGGGAAAAUGCUGGUAUGGAGUCGACAUCAAUGCAGAGGACAUUGCUGAUAACAUGGACGCCUGUGUCUGGGAGCCAGCCAUUAUUAAAAUCAACGCAUUAACAGCUGCUGGUGAAGCUGCCUGCCUGAUUCUCUCCGUUGAUGAGACAAUCAAGAACCCACGAAGUGGAGCUGGUGGAGCUCCACAAAUGCCAGUCGGUCGUGGCAUUGGAAGACCCAUGUAAACCCCAUGUCAUUCAUUUUAUUCAUCAAUUAGUAUUGCUGGCUUGAUUUAAUCAAUAUUGCAUUUGCCGAAUUCCAUUCACACUUCACAGAGGUAUGAAUCAGAAAUUUUCUGUAUUUUCACCGAGUUAGGGAAAUAAAACAUUUUAUAAUUAUA